CGAUCUAAAUUUCUUUCUUUCAAUUUAACCCACCGAAAAACUUGUGCUACAGAUGAUGGUGAAGGUCACGUCGGAACGCUGUGCGAAAUAGGACGUUCCGGAUCGACGCACUCGCCGGAGAAAACUGUGGUGGUGAAUUGGGAUUCGGGUCACAGGACCAAUUAUCGGGUGGGCUACCAGAAGCAGUACGAUCUGAUCGUGGUCGAUAACGCUCAGAUCGGCGUUAAGCAUCCGAACAUCAUCUGCGACGGGUGUAACAAGCCCGGGAUUGCUGGGAUCCGGUUCCGGUGUGCCGAUUGUCCCAACUAUGAUCUUUGUGCGGCGUGUUAUGGCAACGAUGUGCACGAUCUAGAGCACGCCUUCGUCCGGUACCAGACGGCGAACUCGGUUGGUGUUCGCGUUCCGCCACGAAAAGGUGCCGUGAAGAUACAGUUGAAGGGAAUCUUUGUCGGAGCACGUGUCGUCCGUGGGCCGGACUGGGAGUGGAACAACCAGGACGGGGGCCCAAAUAAAACCGGGCGGGUUAUGGAAAUCCGUGGCUGGGACAACGAAUCCUGUCGAAGUGUAGCGAACGUGUCCUGGGCUUCCGGAUCGACCAACGUCUACCGGUUGGGGCACAAGGGAAACGUGGAUCUGCGCUACGUGCAACCGGCCGUCGGUGGUUACUUCUACAAGGACCACAUGCCAGUGUUGGGUCAACCGGAGGAGCAGCAACCGGUAUCGCCACCGGUGCGAUCCUGCUUUAACGUCGGCGAUCGAGUGCAGUGUUGCGUUAGCGAUGAUAGGCUGAUGGCACUGCAACAGGGGCACGGUGGAUGGAACCCUCGGAUGGCCGAGUACCUGAACAAAGUCGGCAUCGUUCAUCGGAUCACCGACAAAGGUGACAUCCGGGUGCAGUACGAGGGCUGCGCAAACCGGUGGACGUUCCACCCGGCCGCCCUAAUUAGGAUCUAUACCUUCAAUGUGGGCGAUAUUGUUACCUUCAUCACGGAUGCUGCCAAAAUGCAACUGCUCCAGAAAGGCCACGGCGAGUGGGUGGAAACGAUGCACAAUGUACUGGGCAAGUCGGGCAAAGUUAUCAAGAUCUACUGCGACGGAGACUUGCGGGUGCAACAGCUGGAUGAAGAUCUGGCCUGGACUGUGAAUCCCAAAUGUGUCAAAUUGGAGCGGGCUCUAGUGUCACAAGCAUCGGCCACGGAGCGAUCCAACAGUAUGAUGGAUCUAAGCAAUCAGCGGACCAACGAACAUCACAUGACACCACUUUCCGGACUGUCCGGAACGUCUGCCGCUGAUCGGUUGGUUCGGGAGGCUGCGCAGGGCAACAUGGAGUUUGUGCAGAAUUAUCUGAGUGCCAACACCGGAGAAGUGGACUGCGUGAGUGGAGGCAAAACCUGUCUGCAAGUGGCGGCACAUCAGGGUCAUCUAGAGUUGGUGAAGUAUCUUCUGACGUUGGGCGCAAACGUAAACGUGGUCGAUAAGGAGGGAGAUUCUACACUGCACUACGCCGCUUUCGGGAACCAACCGGAUAUUAUGCGGUUGCUGUUGCAGCGCAAUGCAAACAUUGAUGUGCUAAACUCUUCGCACUGUUCGGCUUUGCACAUUUCCGCCCACAAGAAGCCUCCACAUUGUGUGAAGGUGUUACUGGAGUUUGGGGCAAAUGUGAACGUGCAGGAUGCGUACGGAGAUACGGCGUUGCACGAUGCUAUCGGAAAAGAAAACACCGAAGUAGUGGAACUGUUGUGCAACUGUUCAACGCUGGAUUUGACUAUACGGAACAAGCGAGGUUUCAAUGCUCUGCAUCAUGCGUCGCUGAAGGGUAACGUACAGGCUGCAAGGAAUAUCAUACGGUUGGCUAGGCAAUUGGUUAAUGUGCGUAAGGACGAUGGUUUCAGUGCGUUACACCUGGCGGCGUUGAACGGACAUUCGAAGGUGGUCGAGGUGCUGGUGAAGGAAGGCCAAGCUGAUAUUAAUAUUAGGAAUAAUAGGAGACAGACACCGUUUUUGCUAGCGGUUUCUCAGGGGCACAUGGCAGUGAUUGAGAAAUUGGUUGAAUUGAAAUGCGACAUUGCUGCGAAGGAUGAAGAUGGUGAUAAUGCGAUGCACCUGUGCAUCAUCAAAAAAGCAAACUUGGUGCAGGAAGUUUCGGAAACCGAUUCACCAAAGAUCUUUGAAAUGUUCCGAGCGAUAUCAUCAAUUACCAACGAAAAUCGGAUGAUGUACGCACUGUUAUGUUUCCUGUCGCAAGAAGGUUGUCCGCUAGAUGUGAAUUACAAAGGAGCACGAGUUUUGGAUUGGAUUCCUAGUCAACACAUAAAAGAUUUUGUAAUCGGACUCGAAAGGAAUAGAAUAGCGAGGGAAAAAGCUUCCGCUCCUCCGGCUUCAGAUCGAUCGCUAAACAACUCGAGAGAGGAAGAUGAUGAACAGCAGCCAAUGAAUCAGUUGCAUUCUAAUUUGGAAGCGAUGAGUAUUGCUGGUAAUAAUCUAGACGAGAGCGAAGGCAAUAACUCGGCUGUACUGCCCGAAGGAGCCUCAAGUCCAGGUACAAGUGGUCUAGGUCAAUCUAAUCCGCCCACGCCAGCCCGAAGAAAUCGAGGACACAAUCGGGACGGUGUGACAGCAACUCCACCUCCAAUUCCGAGUCACCAUCCGAAUGUCGUUGGGGCUGCCCACGAUGAUGAUUCAAAACGAAUAAAUAUCGAAACCAACAACAGCAGUAGUCAUGAAGCAGCCUCAUCUGGUCCCAGUGUACCGUUAGAUAGUCCAGCACGUUUUCAAUCACCAAAUAGAGCCUUAUCGCCACCUACUGUUAUUCCGGCAGCGGGUACUCCUGAAGGAGGAAGUUCAUCCAAGCAUAUCAGCAGGAGACAGUAUUCGGAUAAAAAUCCUCCUGGAUCUCCUCCGAUUGCUGGGUUGAAUAGUGGCAGCAGUAGUCCACCGGUCAUCUGCCAUCUGCCUCAGGAGUGUAUUGUGUGUAACGAAACCUUACUGUUGAUCAUAUUUGAGCCCUGUCAGCAUCAGAUAUCUUGCGAAGAGUGUGGAGUUCGUAUGAAGAAAUGCCUGUCCUGCGGUGUUUUCAUCGAGCGUCGUCUGACUGUAACCGGAAAAUCACUGAUGAAUGCGGUUAAAGACAAUCGACAACCAUCGGCCGACCGAUUACGCUAUCUCGAGAGCAAAAUAAUAGAAAUUGAAGAAACACACUGCUGCAGUAUCUGCAUGGAACGCCGUCGCAAUGUGGCAUUCUUGUGUGGACAUGGCGCUUGCUCUAAAUGUGCCGAAACGCUAAAAAUCUGUCACAUGUGUCGGAAAACAAUUACGAAGAAGAUCAAUCUCUAUUAAAAGCAGAGAAAACUGAAAAUCCGGGGCAGUGAAGUUACCAAAAACUUGAUCUUUACUCUCAAAACUAUUCGAUUUUCUUCUCGGCAUCCUUUCGCUACUCAAGGAACCCUUUCUUAAUGCACCUUUGCCGUUUUCACAUUAGAUAGUGUUUUCUUAACAAAUGUUUCCUUUCUAUCUACCAAAAAUCGACAAACCAAUCAUUACUACCAGACUAAGUGUAAAUAAGCAAAUCUAUUACCACAGAUAAGUGAUUUUAUGUGCAUGUUCUUCCAAGAAAUCCCGAAAACUGCAAAAAAGUGUUUCAAAGACUCUAACGUAAAAAAAGAUAAUUUGUAUGGAAACUAGGAAAAAAAAUCAUGAAUAUCAUCGUUUUAUAUACAGCCAGCUUGCUAGCUUAUUGUCUUGGAUAUACACAUUUAUGAAACGGUGUGUUGUUGACUCACUCGCCGUUAAAGCAACAGUAACAAGCACUCGCUUUUUCACCUUCUCACUUUGAAAUUCCAUACUUGAAUUGUGGCCAUUGAGAAACGCGCACCCCAGCACUCGCAUUAUACGCACUUUUCACGCAAGCACGUUUCUUCACUGUAUUUUGUAUAGUCAAUUAUCUAUAACCUUUAAAUUAUUUAAUUUUAUGUUCGCUGAUCGCUUAUAAGCUUUGAAAUAAAUUAUAUUGUUUUGUUUUUUCGCUUCUGUUUUACUACAGCUCAAUUGUAUUAUUAUUUCCUUUCAAAUUUCUCUCGAAAAAAAGAUAUUGUUGUUAUUCUAAAAUAAUAUUUAAAAAAAAAAACCAAUCGAACAAACAAGUCUAUGGACACAUACACACAAACCAUUUGAAUAUUGGCAAACUUUAAGAUUCAGAGAAGAUCUAUAGCAAAUAUUGUAAACACUGAAGACGAAAUAAAAACUGAAAGUAAGCUACGCCGCGAAAAAAGCAAAGCAAAAUUACACGUAUUCGAUUGUUAUUUGAUGCAUAAUCUAAGCUGAAACAGAUGUGAAUGACGUUGUUUGUACGCACAGAAGGCAAAAGAAACAUACACACACCCAUUAAUAAACUGAUAUUUAUUUCAUUGUAUCAAAAAAUAA